AGUAAUGCCCCAACCCUUUGUUAAGGGAGUACCUUUGAAUCUCUCCAUGGCAGAUGGUGGUUUCCAAUCCCAUCAAGCAUGUGUAUGUCUGUGUAUGUGUGUGUGAGGGAGACCACCACAAAACUGGAUCUUGGAAAGGAGAAGCACUUCAGCUUCACCCACCAGUGCUUGAGAUAAAGAAACGCUCCUCCGCAGGAACAAUGUCAGAGAGGAGGAAGAGCGGCUGGAACUGGGCGAGACAAUCGCAGCUGCCCAAUGAAGACAGAGGUUGGAGGGGGAGGACCGAGACACCAACAUUUGCUGCCCUCGUUGGAGCUUCAUUCCCACGUUGGUGCCUUACGAGGAGGUCCGGCUCGGCGCUGGACAGUUCCCACGGGUGAACCUCUUUUUCGGCACCGUCAUCCUGGACAGCUCCUCUGGGCGACCCUCCCAUUCAGCACCCGUUCCUUGGACACCUCGGGGUGACACUCCCGUUCAGAACCGGCAUCCUGGACAGCUCCGCGGGGUGACCCUCCCGUUCAGCACCGGAACUCUGGACAGCUCCGCGAGCCUCCCAUUUAGCACCGGUCCUGUGGACUGCUCCUCGGGGUGACCCUCCUGUUCAGCACUGGGGUCCUGGACAGCUCCUCGGGAAUUCCCUUUCAGCACCGCUCCUCUGGACAGCUCCGCGGGAUUCCCCAUUCAGUACCGCUCUUGUUGACAGCUCCGUGGGGUGACCCUCCCGUUCAGCUCCGGGGUCUUGGACAGCUCCGCGGGGCUCCCAUUCAGCACCGACUCCUGGACAGCUCCCGCCGGCCUGCGCGCUCCUCCGCCCGCCCCCGCGCGCCUCCCGCCGCUCGCCUUUCUGGCGCGGGGAAAAGGAGCGCGGUGCAGUCGCCUCCCUGGGAGGAAAGCAGGCAGGCUAGCGAGGAAAAGCCUCCGCUCGGCUCCCUACUCGUGAGGAGCCAUGGGUCUGCCGAUGCACGGGACCCGGCCAUCCAGCCCGGCCGUCCGGGGGCUCCUUCUCUUUCUCUGCGUCCUGGUCGGCUGCGCGGCCGAGCAAGAAGUGGAGAACCUGUCGGGUCUCUCGCCCAACCCGGAGAAGGUGAUCUUCGCGGUGCGUGAGAACGAGACGACCUGUCUGAUGGCGGAAUUCGCCGCCAGGUUCAUCGUCCCCUACGACGUUUGGGCGAGCAAUUUUGUGGAUAUGAUCACCGAGCAGGCCUCCAUCCCGCUCUCCCGGGGGGCGGAGGAGCAGGGCAAAUGCGGCCCCCACGAGUCCGAAAUCGAGAUCUUCUGGGCCAAGCGGGCCUACAGCCUUCGGCUGUCCUUUCUCAAGGAGGGCCGCAACACCAGCCGAGGCCCGGAGGCUUGGUGGAAGCUGAGCCGAGUCCAGUUCGUCUAUGACAGCUCGGAGCCCACCUACUUCAAAGACGCCGUCAACCCUGGAAAGCACACCGCCACCACCCAUCGCAUUUCAGCCUUGGUCACCCCUGCUGGGAAGUCCUACGAAUGCCAGGCUCAACAGACAAUCACCAUGACAUCCAGCGACCAUCAAAAAUCGGUAGUGCUCUUGCUCUCCGAGGUCCGCCUUCAGCCCUUUGACAUCAGCUCUGAUUUCGAAUACGGCGAAGAACAUAAGUGUCCUGUGGACCAAAGGGAACAAUUAGAAGAGACUCUUCCUCUUGUUCUGGGCUUGAUUUUGGGACUGAUCAUUGUGAUCAUUCUCGGGGUCUACCACCUCCAUCUCAAAAUGACCGCUAGCACUCAAGUUCAAAUCCCACGAGACAGAUCUGAGUACAAGCACAUGGGAUAGCCAAGACGGGACCCGUCAGGGAGAUGCAGAAAAUACACUUCUUUUUUUUUGCUAUAGAUCAGGGGCCCACACAAGGAAACAAUCGAUUGUUUGAUGACCAAAUGGGGAGGGCGUGGGGGAAGAAGCCAUUUCUCAGCAGUUUAAUGUUCAGGGCAGAGGGUGACAUUUUCAUCUCUGGAGAAUCAUCAGUGCACAGGGGACCUUUUCCUACAUUUGUCAGCCUCCCCCCCAUUCUCCCUUCUCCCUUCCCAGAGGAGGGGGGGAUGGCGUCAGGGGCAAUGCCUGCUCUGGGCCCCCUCCACCCCCAUGCCCCACUUACAUUAGCCAGCGGGAGCCUGCCAAGGGGGGCACAGUGGCGGCCCAGCCGGGCUGCUCCUUCGGCCAGCAG